GUCCUCUGCCCUGUCCUCUGUCCUGUCCCCUGCCCUGUCCUCUGCCCUGUCCUCUGUCCUGUCCCCUGCCCUGUCCUCUGCCCUGCUCCCUGCCCUGUCCUCUGUCCUGUCCCCUGCCCUGUCCUCUGCCCUGUCCCCUGCCCUGUCCCCUGCCCUCCC